UAUCUUGCUUGCUGAAUGGUGGAUGAAUCUUUCACUCCAAGGGCAACAAGACACAAUCCAUCCCAUGUACAGUUAGAAUCUCCCCACAAAACUCCAUGAAAGCCACCUUCUUUGAUUCAAUUAUUAUUCAACAUUUCCAGUACCCAACUUUGAAAAAUAUUUCCCGAUUUUAUUUUAUAUAGAUGAAACACCCUUCUCCUUUUUUGAUCGUCUAAAUUCAUUGAUCACAAAAUAUUUCUUUUUUUGUUCUUGUUUGGAAACGAGAUGGAUCUUGAUGAGUGGGAAUACCUCCCUGACGAUGCGUUUCUUGAUUUCCAUGAAGAGAGUGCGGACAAGAGGAUUUUCUCAAGCAAGCGAUACAACUCUUCUGAUAAUUCAAAAAGUGUUUUCAACAUGAACUACUUCAUAAUCCCAUCACCCAGUUCUAGGUCAAAAGUCAUUCACGAGACACCACCACCACAACCGCCAACACCACCGCCAUCGGCGUCGCCAGCUGGGAUUGAUUCAAGGCUUGUUCCUGUUCCAAUUCAACUGGAACUACCUCCAAGCUUUUGCAAGGCCUCAUCACUCCCACAAGAAGAACAAGAAGAAAAACAAGUAAUCAAAGUCUCCCAAGUGGAUCAAGACACACAACUGUCCCAAGUUUACUUCAAGAAAACUUGGGAAAAUGAAUUUGCCGACAUGAAAAUAUUGGACUCCCCAAAGUCUCCCACCUGCAAAUCACCCAAGUUUAUGCAUCAACAAACUGAUAAGUUUCAGUUUGAUGAAAAUUUAGGUCAAGAAAUCACCUCUCCAAGGACGAAAGUUGUUGACCAAAACAGCUUGUUGGAGUCAUCAGAAGAUACCAAAGAGAUCAAUAACAGCAACAACAACAACAACAGCAACAACAUCUGGAAGCUGAGUUUUACAGGAAUCGGUGCGAUUUGCUCUUUUGGUUUUGCUGCUGCUACCAUUUGUAUUAUCUUUUUCGGUGCCCAUCAGAGGAACAAACAGUAUCAGCACAACCAGAAUCGCUUCCAGAUCUAUACUGAUGACAACAAGAGGUUUAAUCAGGCUAUGGAACGUCCAACCAAAUUGAAUGAAGCAUUUUCAGCAGCUAGAGGAGUACCCCUCCCUAGAGCUCAUGUCACAUAUGGUGGUUACUAUAAUGGUUUAUGAACAGCCGGCGCCCACUCGAUGAAAUGAAAGUUUUUAGUACGGUACGGUACUGCGUGAGUUUGCUUUUGCAAUGUACUUGUACAAGAUAUAUAUAAUCUUUCUUCUAAGCGUAUAAGGUCAAUAAUUGCGCGUUGCAUGCAUGCGAUCGAUGCUUGUAUAUUUAGAUUCCGAAUCCCUUCUUUGUAUAGUAGAUUCCCAACUUUGUAUUAGUUUGGCUACACACAUAUUAUUUGUAUUUGUAGAAGAUAUAUAAAAGUUCUCAUUUCUCACUU